UAGCAAAGGUCCUUUUGCUAGCAGUUCAAAGUCUCUUGCCUGUAAAUGUUCUGUUUGUCUGUUUUUGUGGGGUCUUCUUUGCGUUUGCAUGAGCUAGAUGUCAAACGGAAUAUAGAAUUGUCGUUUGAAGAUGGACUGUUUCGAGGGAAAUAUUCUUCUCCUUGGGAUUUAUAAUGGAUUCCAGACAGGUCGUGUUUAUAUCCAGUUGCUAAUGUGAACGUGUCCUUCGUCCCCUCUAACCGUUAGCUAGCUACCUACCGACUGUAUUAGCUAGCUGGUUAGCUAGCUAACUACGUCAUUGAAAUCCUGCACGUCUUAUGAUAUGCUAUCUUGAAACUUUUUUUUGUCAUUUUGAAAAGACUAAGAAAUACGACAACCUAAAAAUAUCUAUCUUGACCGAUAAUCACAGGACGUCUCCAAAGUUUGACUUUCUUGGAAGUUGCCCGGCGAUUUGGCAAGGGUAACUUAACUCGGUGCUCGGGUUAUCUGUAAGUUACCGAAUAAGCAGCGCAUCCCCUUUUCAGUGCCAGUUUGUUUUAUUGCAGGCUAACUCUGGUAGCCAGCUAGCUACAUUUCAACUCAAGUCACGCCAGUUGGGUAAAAUUAGCUAGCGCCAGUGACAGUAUCUUCAUUAGGCAGUGCUAACUUGACAAACUACAUAUUUUUAUUAGGUAGCACUAACUAAACUCUGUGUUACAGUAUGUAAUCUGCAUUACGCAUUGGUUUGCCGUAUAACAUUAAGGCGAUGCACGUUUAGUUCGCUCGUUGCAGUUACCGUAUGUACUUUGCCAACAAGGUUGUAUUAUUGUCGAAUGAAAUAGCUCUAGCUAACGUUAGCUCUCGAGUUGGCUCUCCGUGGGGCGUGUUCCAUUGCUCUAAAUCUUGCUGGGGAACGUUAGCUAGGCUAGCUGGCGAUUGUAAUCGGUUUGGUAUAGCUACAUAGGCAGAAAAUGUUUUAUUCUGUAACGUUAGUAAUAAUAUUGAAUAACUAUUGCUGCCAGAAAUAUUAUAGUUGGCUACCUAACCACAUAUAGCCAAGUUCACCAGCUACAUAGUUAUGCAGCUACGUAAAGAUAUGUCACUAGCUAUGCGAUUUAUAACUAUUUACAACUAGCUAGCUAUUCUACUUAAUGUUAUCUAGUUAUCGCUAAUUAUUUACAAACAGUUAUUCGCUAGCUGCACGUUUGCAUUUUUUCAAUAUCUGGCCACCAGUAGUGGCGAGAUAAGCUAACUUGGGUUGUUUGUUUUAGCAGAUAGGCUAGCUACCUAAAAACCUCGCAACUGUCAUUCUUGCUAGCUGGUACUUUACAACAAAUCACCAUGCGGGAAAUGGGAUUUCAGUAAUUAUUGGAUGGUAGCUAACGUUACGGACUUCAGAUUUCCAGUUCGGUGAACGCUAGCCAGCUCGGACUGUGACCGACUCGAGAUGACCUAAUUAUUUCAGCUUUGAAAAGGAACACGAUAUGGAUCGAGGAGGGAUGAAGUACAGCAAUAACCAGGACGGUUGUGUGAAUUUUGGGAAUUCCAACGGGAGAGCCUUCCAGGGCGAGACGAGCGGGCCCCCGUCUGGCAGCCUGACCCUCCCGGGCGCGCCCCCGUCCAUCCUGGGGGACGUAUCCAACGGGGUGGGGAAAGGCACCCCCCGGGAGGAACUGACCACGGCCGUGUCGGCCUCCAUGGGCCUGUAUGCGGAGGAGCCUGACGGCAAGGCCCUAGGGCUGGACGGGAACCCGCGGGGGCCGAAGCAGCACACGCACACGCAGCCGCACACCCAACACACGCAACAGCACACGCAGCACACGCUGGGCUCCUUCUCGCUGGGGGAGAACUUCUCCCUCCUGGAGGCCAGCAUCGCGGACCUGAACCGCUGCGCCGCGUCCGUGGACGCCCUGACGGGCGUGGCCGCCCCGGAGCCCUUCCCGCUGAAGACAGAGGGCUUCUCCCCGCUGGGGAAGGACAUGGAGACUGACCUGUUCGGCCCGGCGGGUCGGAACCAGGACCUGAACCAGCGGCUUUUCGCCGACAACACCCUGGAAAUCCUGCAGGACCUGGAGCUGCCCGGCUCCCUGACGGACUUCAACGAAUUCUACGUGGACGACGAGGCGGCGUUCCUCUCGGCCCUGUCCGUGGACGAGGGGGACGCCGUGGGCACGCUCAAGGAUACCAAGCCCGUCGUCAGCGGCAACGGCGGCGGCAUGGGCUCGGCGUGCGCCGUCGCCAGCGCCAACGGCUCGGAGCAGCAGCCGCUGGAUCCCGCCAUGCCCGUCAUCAAGAAGGAGAAGGACACCUCCUUCAUCCAGCUGUGCACCCCGGGGGUCAUCAAGCAGGAGAAGGAGAGCAGGAGCUACUGCCAGAUGGGAGGCGCGGACCUCCCCAGCCCCCUGCACUCGCCCAUCUCCGUCUGCGGGGUCAGCACCUCCGGAGGCCAGGGCUACCACUACGGAGUCAACUCCCCAUCCACCUCGGGCCUGCACCAGCCUGACCAGAAGCCCAUUUUCGGCCUAUACCCGCCGCUGGCCCCGUCGGGGGACGGGUGGGGCCGGCCCUCGGAGAUGGGGAGGGGGAACGAGCUCGUCUCUGCCACGCAGUCCUUCGCCUCCGGUUACGUCAGUCACAUCCCUCGGCCGGAGGCCUCCUCGUCCUCCUCGGCUCAGGGGAAGAGCGGCUCGGGUCAUAAGAUCUGCCUGGUGUGCUCUGACGAGGCGUCUGGCUGCCACUACGGGGUGCUCACCUGCGGGAGCUGCAAGGUGUUCUUCAAGAGGGCCGUGGAAGGAUGGAGGGCACGGCAAAACACGGAUGGACAACACAAUUACCUGUGUGCGGGGAGGAACGACUGCAUCAUCGACAAGAUUCGACGGAAAAACUGCCCCGCCUGCCGCUUCCGAAAGUGUCUCCAUGCAGGAAUGAACCUGGAGGCGAGGAAGACGAAGAAGCUGAUCAGGAUGAAGGGUCAGCAGUCUACAGUAGCCGAGGUCUCAGGCCCAGCCAUGGCAGAGGAAGGGGCGCGGGCGCUGCUGCCCAAAUCCAUGCCCCAGCUCAUCCCCACCAUGUUGUCCCUGCUGAAGGCCAUCGAACCCGAGACCAUCUACUCCGGCUUCGACAGCACCAUCCCCGACACCUCCAACCGCCUGAUGACCGCCCUGAACCGCCUGGGCGGGCUGCAGGUGGUCUCGGCCGUCAAGUGGGCCAAGGCCCUGCCAGGUUUCCGGAACCUUCACCUGGACGACCAGAUGACCCUGCUCCAGUGCUCCUGGCUGGUGCUCAUGUCCUUCAGCCUGGGCUGGAGGUCCUUUCAGCAGUCCAAUGGAGGGAUGCUCUGCUUCGCCCCUGACCUCGUCGUCAACCAGGAACGGAUGAAGCUUCCCUACAUGACGGACCAGUGCGAGCAGAUGCUGAAGAUCUCCAACGAGUUUGUGCGGCUGCAGGUGUCCUACGACGAGUACCUGUGCAUGAAGGUCCUCCUGCUGCUCAGCACAGUGCCCAAGGACGGACUGAAAAGCCAGUCCGUGUUCGACGAGAUCCGCAUGGCCUACAUCAAAGAGCUUGGCAAGGCCAUUGUCAAGCGCGAGGAGAACUCCAGCCAGAACUGGCAGAGGUUCUACCAGUUGACCCGGCUUCUGGACUCCAUGCAGGAGAUGGUCGGAGGGCUGCUGAACUUCUGUUUCUACACGUUUGUCAAUAAGUCCCUCAGCGUGGAGUUCCCCGAAAUGUUGGCCGAGAUCAUCAGCAACCAGUUACCAAAAUUCAAAACCGGGAGCGUGAAACCCCUUCUGUUUCACCAGAAGUGACUGCCUUACAGUGUAUACAAUGCCUUAAAAAAAAGAAAAAAAAAGAGGAAAAAAAAAAAAAAAAACCCUACCCAGCCCGGCAGCCCUAAACACACACACACACACACACACACGCGCGCAUGCACACCAGCUUGCUCACACGUCCCUAGAGGAAUCCCACGUUGGAGGAGGGAAUGCUAACGUGCUAAGGGGCACUACCCUGAGGAUCCAGGGGAGCAGAAUGAGGUAGCCCUGAGGUGCAGGACAGGAAAAACAGGAAUUUGGCAAUUUGAAGACAUCAGUGCUCCAAGUUGCUUCAACGGACACACACUUCUAAUUGGCUGGAACAUACACACACACACACACACACACACACACACAACGAGUUAUGCUUUUAAAACCAAUACAAUAUUUUAUAUCAUUAGAAUAUUGAUUUUAUGCAUGCACACUGCUAAAAUGUUUACAAAUAUACAUCAGAAAAAGGGAAAACACGUGCCUUUUUUAAGCUUUGCUGUAUGAUUUUAGUUUUCCCCUCCCCCCUAAACUGUCCAGGGCAGGUAUUUUGCAGACACAAUGCUCUUAUUUGUGUAUUUUCCCCCACUUGCACUAGGCAGUUCUUGUCCUUUUCUUUCCAUGUUUUACAUUUUUUUAAAUAGCCAUGUUUCCAGAUCUGGGCAGCUUAAUGAUGGUCAACUAAAACAAGUGAUCCUUACAAUUAUGACAUGUUAAAUCCUAAAUUUCUGCUUUUGGUUUUAGCUUAAUGUUCCAUGUUUCAUUUCUCUGAAAUGGUAGCACUUUUCAGUCGGUGGACAGCAUUCUUGUCCGUUCAUUAGAAACACACAACAAAAGGCCUGCAAAGCAAAAAUAUACGUAUUAUUCCGGCCAAACGGGGAAAAGCUGCUGGCUUCAUGUCGUACGCCGUCCACGAUUCCUGGAAUGUGGUCCGACUCCGAUCCCGGGCAGCCCUCUGUCCGCGCAUGCGUCUCCCGGAGGGGGUCACGCAGUCUGUCCAAUCAGCGCGGAGCAUCUCCCCGCUCCGCGCGGCCCUGUCGAUUCCCAGAAUUCCCUGCCUUUUUCCAGAGCGGCCCCUGAUAGGAAUGCCAGUGAAUUCAGCGCCUAUAUAGUCCUCCCCCAACAGGAACGCCAGUGAAUUCAGCGCCUAUACAGUCCUCCCCCCAACAGGAACGCCAGUGAAUUCAGCGCUCGUACAGUCCUCCCCCCAACAGGAAUGCCGGCGAGUUCAGCGCUCAUACAGUACGCCCAACAGGAAUGCCGUUGAAUUCAGCAUUUAUACAGUACACCCCCCGACAGGAAUACCAGUGAGUUCAGCGCUCGUACAGUACUCCCCUUGACAGGAAUGCCAAUGAAUUCAGCAUUUAUACAGUACGCCCCCCGACAGGAAUACCAGUGAGUUCAGCGCUCAUACAGUACGCCCCCCGACAGGAAUACCAGUGAGUUCAGCGUUCAGCACUCAUACAGUACGCCCCCCGACAGGAAUACCAGUGAGUUCAGCGUUCAGCACUCAUACAGUACGCCCCCCGACAGGAAUACCAGUGAGUUCAGCGCUCAUACAGUACGCCCCCCGACAGGAAUACCAGUGAGUUCAGCGUUCAGCACUCAUACAGUACGCCCCCCGACAGGAAUACCAGUGAGUUCAGCGUUCAGCACUCAUACAGUACGCCCCCCGACAGGAAUACCAGUGAGUUCAGCGUUCAGCACUCAUACAGUACGCCCCCCGACAGGAAUACCAGUGAGUUCAGCGUUCAGCGCUCCUACAGUACGCCCCCCGACAGGAAUACCAGUGAGUUCAGCGUUCAGCGCUCAUACAGUACGCCCCCCGACAGGAAUACCAGUGAGUUCAGCGUUCAGCGCUCCUACAGUACGCCCCCCGACAGGAAUACCAGUGAGUUCAGCGUUCAGCGCUCCUACAGUACGCCCCCCGACAGGAAUACCAGUGAGUUCAGCCCUCAUACAGUACGCCCCCCGACAGGAAUACCAGUGAGUUCAGCGUUCAGCGCUCCUACAGUACGCCCCCCGACAGGAAUACCAGUGAGUUCAGCGCUCCUUUUCUUACAGCCGUUUUCGCCGUCGUCUACAGCCUCAUUAAAACCCUCCACCUUCUUCGUGUUGAUCAGUAGGAGGCCGUGGUUCAGGAGACCUCCGCACAGAGAACUGCUGAAAUGUGUAAGCGCUGAGAGAUCAGCCAUGUCCCUCAGCGCGUCUCCGCUUGUGUUCUGCCAGUGCCAAACCGCAUUCUCGCAUUUGUAUUUGAACUCUUUGACAUUAGGGUUGUCUAACAGUGAGAUAUUAUAAAUGUUUAUAUGAGAAGAGUUUUUAAAGAAAGCUGAUAUAAAUAUAUAAAUAUAUAUAUUUUUUUCUCCUAUGUUAAAGCGUUUUAGUUUAGAAAUACUCAAGGUAAUCACAUGCUUGUGUCUGCUCAGGUUUCCGAUAUGUGAACGUAGAGGAUCGGUCAACUUUAAGCCACCGUGGACGUGGUUUGCUCCAGCUGACAAAAAAACAAAAAUACAAAAAAAUACAAAAAAACGCAUUACUGGUAAUUAUUCUCAGCAUCAUUUGUUUAUCAUGCCCUUUUAUAUAUACGUUUUUAGAGUAUAUAGAUUAAAGGUGUUAAGAUAUGUUAUACGUUUUUUGAUUAGGUCAUCAGAACCUUUCUCUCUCCUGUUAAUGCCUGGCUUGGUUUUGUUUAUGCUCAGACAAUGCGACAGAGAAUUGAUUGAUUUGAAUUUUGAAGUUGACCGGAAGCGACAGUGCAUUUAUUUUAAUUUUUUUUUGCUGAGGUAAUAGGUUCUUGUUGUGCUGCAAUUGUCAAUAGCCAUACGCCUAUCUGCUACAUACUAAAGCCAUGCAUAACAUCCAGCUGUUUUAAAUGCUAAAAACCAGGUAUGCUCGUGUGCACCUUUCUUUAAUAAUGUCAGACUUAAGAACAUUUUGGAGGCAACGUCUGUGUGUGUGGAAUUAAACCAUUGUGAUUGAUGUGGCCGUUUUUAGAGUUGUACAUUUUUUCAUGUUACGUGUGUGUAACUCAUCUCCUGGGAGAUGAAGAGCCAGGUCUCUCUUGAAAGCGAUUUCUUUAACUCAGCGGGACCACCUGGUGUAAAUGAGAACGAUACCGACACAGUAAUGCCCAUAACUGUCAGAAGGUACCUUUCUGCACGUCAAACUUGCCAUUAGCACUUCAGCUUCACUGAAAAAAAAAUAAAGAUCAAAUAUCAGUAUUGAUAUUAAUCCCAUGGUAAUUAUUCCUCUGAUGUUUUUAUUCCGUUUGUGCUUCACUACAAACAACGUUGUAUUUGUAUGCAUUUUGGGUUACUUUCACAUACAGUGUCAGAGCGGUCCCGCAGGUUUGGAUUUUACAAAGCCAAGUACAUAAUUUUCCCCCCUUUUAAUAAAUAUGAAUAAUCAAGCUCAUUUCCAGCAUAAACAGAAAGAAAAUGGGGAAAAGUUUUUUGAAUUGAUUCAUUUUGAUGUACUAUAUUGAUAUUUAUUUCCUAAAAUACCUAUUUUAAGGGAGGAAAAAAGAAUACAAAUCUAGGAAUACAAAAAAGUUGAUUUUGAGAACAGUGUUCAAUUUUGUCAAUAAAUUUAAUCUUGGUGGUAUCUUCAUUUUAGUGACUUUAGUUAAUCUGUAAUCCACUAAGAAUCAGCAGUCAAUAUUUUGUUUGCGUUCUGACCAAGAAUAACCGUAUGCAAAUGUAUUUAAAGUGUCGAUGAAACAUGUUCGCUUGUACAUAAAUGUAAAUUAUGAAUGGGAGAGAUUUUAUGGAAAAAUACCCAUGUUUUUAAAUAAAAGAAAUGUGGGAUGGGGGAGGGGGGGGUGAGUAUAUUUUGUAUUGUACAACCAUUUGACCAAAGCAAAGCAGAAAAAGGAGCAUUCAUACGCAGUUAUUUUUACAAUAGCACUUCUACGUAAUUAUCAACUAUAGCACUUAAGUUAUUUUUUUAAUCUAGCUUUUGUAAUGGUUUAGGCUUUGGUUGCUUGUAAAUUACUGUGAAGAUUAACCAGUCACUUCAAAAAGGUAAAAACUGUGUGUGAAAGUAAUCUAUCAGCAAGAGCCUAAAAAAUUGCACUACCCUAAUACUGGUUGGAAAAAAAAGAGAGUCUAUUUUGUAUAAGAUACAUGCAAAUAUUAUCUUCUAAAAUUAAGGGCAGAUUGUAUUUCACUGGUUAUGGCUUUCAUUAAAGUGUUUUUUUUUUUGUUUUUUUUUUCAGUUCUGUAAUUGUAAUCCAAUGUAAAGAAUAUCCAAUUGUCUAUUUGUUUAAAAAUAGUUUUCUAUUACUUCUGUAUUACACCUUUUCUGUAGUCAAUGUUUAUCCUUUCACCUACUUGAUUAAAUGUUGGACUAAGGUUUCUUUGUUUGGUACUUUUGAAAACUUUGGCAAUGUGCUGAAGUGGUGUGCUGAUAACCAUGGUCAAUGGGUGAAAAUUGUUCAUUGGAAUGGUUUUUUUUCUCAUGAUAAAGGAGUUAACGGCUAUCAAUCGUUCAUAUAUAAUAAAUGCGCUUUUCCAUC